GCGCCCCGGCCCGCCGCCCCGCGGCCCGCUCCCGUGGCCCGCGCUCGCCAUGGAGCCCGGCCGCGGCGGCACCGAGACCGUGGGCAGGUUCGAGUUCUCCCGCAAGGACCUGAUCGGCCAUGGCGCCUUCGCGGUGGUCUUCAAGGGCCGCCACCGCGAGAAGCACGACCUGGAGGUCGCAGUCAAGUGCAUUAACAAGAAGAAUCUGGCCAAGUCCCAGACACUGCUGGGGAAGGAAAUAAAAAUACUCAAGGAAUUGAAGCACGAGAACAUUGUGGCCUUGUACGACUUCCAGGAGAUGGCCAAUUCCGUCUACCUGGUCAUGGAGUACUGUAAUGGUGGGGACCUGGCUGACUACCUGCACACCAUGCGGACCCUGAGCGAAGACACCAUCAGGCUCUUCCUGCAGCAGAUUGCAGGUGCCAUGCGGCUGCUGCACAGCAAGGGCAUCAUCCACCGUGACCUCAAGCCCCAGAACAUCCUGCUGUCCAACCCUGGGGGGCGCCGUGCGAACCCCAAUCACAUCCGUGUCAAGAUCGCUGACUUUGGGUUCGCCCGGUACCUCCAGAGCAACAUGAUGGCAGCCACGCUCUGCGGUUCUCCCAUGUACAUGGCCCCUGAAGUCAUCAUGUCCCAGCACUAUGAUGGGAAGGCAGACCUGUGGAGCAUCGGCACCAUCGUGUACCAGUGCCUGACGGGCAAGGCUCCGUUCCAGGCCAGCAGCCCUCAGGACCUGCGCCUGUUCUACGAGAAGAACAAGACUCUUGUGCCCGUCAUCCCCCGGGAGACGUCGGCACCCCUGCGGCAGCUGCUCCUGGCUCUGCUGCAGCGCAACCACAAAGACCGCAUGGACUUCGAGGAAUUUUUUCGUCACCCUUUCUUGGACGCCAGUGCCUCCAUUAAGAAGUCCCCGCCAGUGCCUGUGCCCUCGUACCCGAGCUCAGGGUCUGGCAGCAGCUCCAGCAGUAGCUCCACUUCUCAUCUUGCCUCCCCUCCGUCCCUAGGGGAGAUGCCCCACAUGCAGAAGACGCUCACCUCCCCAGCGGACACGGCCGGCUUCCUGCAUGGCUCCCGGGACUCUGCUGGCAGCAGCAAGGACUCCUGUGACACAGAUGACUUCGUCAUGGUCCCAGCCCAGUUUCCAGGGGACCUGGUGGCUGAGGUGGCCUGUGCCAAGCCCCCGCCUGACAGUCUGCUGUGUAGCGGGAGCUCCCUGGUGGCCUCUGCCGGCCUGGAGAGCCACGGCCGGACCCCAUCUCCCUCUCCCUCUCCCACCUGCAGCAGCUCCCCCAGCCCCUCUGGCCGGGCUGGCCCGUUCUCUAGCAGUCGGUGUGGAGCCUCGGUGCCCAUCCCGGUCCCCACCCAGGUGCACAACUACCAGCGCAUUGAGCAGAAUCUGCACUCUCCAGCUCUGCCCCAGACGCCCCGAUCCUCUGCCAUCCGCAGGUCAGGCAGCACCAGCCCCCUGGGUUUUGCCCGAGCUAGCCCAUCUCCUCCAUCCCACCCUGAUGGAGCUGUCCUGGCCAGGAAGCUGUCCCUGGGUGGAGGACGGCCCUACAUGCCAUCUCCUCAAGUUGGAACCAUUCCUGAGCGGCCGGGCUGGAGUAAGGCACCCUCCCCACAGGGAGCCGAGAUGCGGGCUGGAAGGUCCCCGCGUCCAGGCUCCUCCGUGCCCGAACACUCCCCUCGGGCCCCGGGUCUUGGCUGCCGUCUGCACAGCGCCCCCAACCUGUCCGACUUGCACAUUGUUCGGCCCAAGCUCCCCAAGCCCCCUACGGACCCCCUGGGAGCAGCUUUCAGCCUACCACAGGCCAGCCCUCCCCAGCCAGUUCCUGUGCUACAGCCCUGCCGGUCUCUGCGUGGCUCUCCCAAGCUGCCUGACUUCCUGCAGCGCAACCCCCUGCCUCCCAUCCUGGGCUCUCCCACCAAGGCCCUGCCCUCCUUCGACUUCCCUAAGGCUCCCAGCUCCCAGAACCUGCUGGCUCUCCUGGCCCGGCAGGGCGUGGUGAUGACCCCGCCACGGAAUCGGACGCUGCCCGAUCUCUCAGAGGUGGGGCCCUUUCAGGGGCAGCAGCUGGGCUCUGGCCUGCGGCCUGCCGAGGACAACAGGGGCCCCUUUGGCCGGUCCUUCAGCACCAGCCGCCUCACUGACCUGCUGCUCAAGGCUGCGUUUGGGACCCAGGCCUCCGACUCUGGCAGCACAGACAGCCUGCAGGAGAAGCCCAUGGAGAUUGCACCCUCUGCUGGCUUCGGAGGGAACCUGCACCCAGGAGCCCGUGCUGGUGGAGCCAGCAGCCCCUCCCCAGUGGUCUUCACUGUGGGUUCUCCCCCCAGUGGGACCACACCGCCCCAGGGACCCCGCACCAGGAUGUUCUCAGGCCAGUUGCCCCCGGUUUUGGCACAGACUUGGACUGGGGCCUGUGACUUCCACAGUGAAGUGGGCUCUGCUGGCUCCUCUGCCCGUCACCUGCUGCCCGGGGCCUGCAGUGAGCCUGUCCCUGAGCUCCCUGCCCCAGGUCAUUGCUGCAGCUUUGCUGACCCCCUCUCUGUCAACCUGGAUGGGGCUGUGACCUUUGAGGCCCCUGAUCUCCCAGAGGAGACGCUCAUGGAGCAGGAGCACACGGAGAUCCUGCACAGCCUGCGCUUCACACUUGCCUUCGUCCAGCUUGUCCUGGAGAUCGCUGCCCUCAAGGGCAGUGCCAGCGAGGGGGCCGGGAGCCCUGAGUGCCAGCUUCAGGAGAGCAUGGUGGCCGACCAGAUCAGCCUGCUGAGCCGCGAGUGGGGCUUCGCAGAGCAGCUGGUGCUGUACUUGAAGGUGGCUGAGCUCCUGUCCUCAGGCCUGCAGACCGCCAUUGACCAGAUCCGGGCUGGCAAGCUCUGCCUCUCAUCUACCGUGAAGCAGGUGGUCCGCAGGCUCAACGAGCUGUACAAGGCCAGCGUGGUGUCCUGUCAGGGCCUGAGCCUGCGACUGCAGCGCUUCUUCCUAGACAAGCAGCGGCUGCUGGACGGCAUCCAUGGUGUCACCGCUGAGAGGCUCAUCCUCAGUCACGCUGUGCAGAUGGUGCAGUCGGCUGCCCUGGAUGAGAUGUUCCAGCACCGGGAGGGCUGUGUGCCGCGCUACCACAAGGCGUUGCUGCUGCUGGAGGGGCUGCAGCGCAUGCUCACAGACCAGGCAGACAUUGAGAGUGUGGCCAAGUGCAAGCUGUGCAUUGAGAGAAGGCUCUCGGCCUUGUUAACUGGCAUCUGCGCCUGACCCACUGCCUGGUGUGCUGUGCCCGAGGGGCUGGACCCUCUCUGCGAACCCUGCGGGGUGGAGUCCACGUGCUGGCCAGACUGUCAGGACAGGCCUGCCAGCCGUGGCUGAUUGAUGGUGCUGAGUCUGCGCCGCAGGCCCCUGGGAGGGCCACUAGGUGGAGCCAUGGAGUUCAAGCCCCACCAUGUGGUGUGUCUCCUGCUUCAGAGGCUGCUGGUCUUUGCUGGAGGUGAACUGCAGGGUGCCAGGGACAGCUCCCUCCCUCUGCAGGAUUUCCAAACUGGUUCCCUGUGGCUGCCUCCCGUGGCAGGCACAGGCGCCGAGUGGUAGCAGGUGGUGUUUGUGGUACCUGCCACCCUCCAAAGCCCUGGGCAGCCCUGAGGACAGGCGGGGCCCUGAGACAGCAUUGCUGUGUCCAUGCCAAAGCAAGCUCUUCUUCCUCAGGGCUCACUGCCCAGUCGCUUGCCCAGGAACAAGGGUGUGUCCUUGGGUCUCUGCCCUUCUCUAUAGGAACUGUUCCUCUGAGACCACCCACCCAGCUCUGUGGGCCACCUGUGCACUUUAUGCUGACUGCCGGAGAGCUGCGUGGACAGUGCAGACUGCAAGAACCCUCUCCUGCUCUGUGGGAAGCAUGUGGACGCGCGUGGACACCAGGGAGCUGUGGAUACGCAUAUAGGUGUAUACACACGAGGAGACCUGCCAGCGUGUGUGUGUGCACAGCCUCCCCAGCCCUUGGUGUGGUCCUGGGAGGAACCGCUGCCCUGCAGGAGACGCUGUCCGUGGGCUGAAAGGCUCUUAGGGACAGUGAGAAGCACCGAGUUUCCCAAACGCAGAACAGAUGUCCUCUUUCACACUUUUACUCCUAAAAUGUGUCUUAUUUUUCUGCAGUUCUUUCUUUUUCGUUGUUCAAAGGAGAGAAUUUUAGGUGUUUGAGGAAUUGCUCUGGAAGGGUGGGUAGGCCUGAACAUUGCUGUGGGUGCCAUGUUGUGGGGGGCAGGAGGUGCCUGACGGGUGCCAGGGUAUGGCACGGCUCUCUUGCCGGGCACCCACUGCAAUAUGGGUGUUUCUGGCUGGCUGCUUCCCACCAUCCUGCUGUUUGGCCACAGGAUGGGCAGUGCCCAGCCUCCGUCCCCACCUGAACAUGGUGGGCAGGGGAGGGUGGACCUUCUGUGCAACAGGAAAAGUAACAUAUGCAGAACUUCCCCGGGGCUUCACAGCCGGUCCUGAUGUCAAGGCUUCUUGCCUGGCGGCUUCUGGGCUGGGCGGAGCCCUGUCUCCCAGGGCCCAGGGUGGGGUGUGCUCAGGGUGCCCUGCCUGGGCCUCCCUGGUCUGCCCACCCUGGCUUGGCUCAGCUUUGCCAGCCUUACUUGAAUGUAUCCCUGAGCAUCCACAGAGGCAGAUGUGGGUCAGUGGUGCCCAUGGUAUAGGUUCAGAGGUCAUGUGCCACAUGCACAGAAACGUGUGGUUUUCCUUGCAAUACUUGAAAUGUCGCCACUGUGCUUGGAUGUAUGAGAAAACCCCCACCCCUGUCUCCCUCGUCGCCCCGGCUUCCCUUCUGCAUGUCCUGUGUUAGUAUUUAUUGCUUUAUGCCAACGGGAACCCAGAGCCGCGGCAGACUGGUGCCGCGCCCUGCCUGCUGGCCCCUCCUGGUGCCCACGGCUGUGGCUGCGUGUGCUGUGAGUGGAUGCUGCCCUCCACGAGGUGGUGCUCAGGCCUGUGUCUUGUUAGGGUGAAUGUGUGAGUCCUCCCCUCACCUGUGUCGUGUGCCUCGAGGGAAGUAAACUUUGGAAUUACC